UGUGUUGACUGUGGCCAGACUUAAAUCUAGUUAUUGUCGUUUGGAACGCGCAGCUGUAAACCAGACCUCAUAAGGCUUUUCCUGUUAAUUCGCAGUUCAUUGUGCCUCUUGUUUCAGAGGGAAGAAAAGCUGAUUUAGUAAUCUAAAUGGACGCGAUACUGAAUUACAGGUUGGAAGAUACUGAAGACUACUACACGUUACUGGGAUGUGAUGAACUGUCUUCGGCUGAACAAAUCCUGGCAGAAUUUAAGGUCAGGGCCCUGGAAUGUCACCCCGACAAGCAUCCUGAAAACUCCAAAGCUGUGGAGACUUUUCAGAAACUGCAGAAGGCAAAGGAGAUUUUGACUAAUGAAGCAAGUCGAGCCCGCUAUGACCACUGGCGAAGGAGCCGGAUAUCGAUGCCAUUCCAGCAGUGGGAAGCUUUGAGUGACUCGGUGAAAACGUCAAUGCACUGGGCUGCCAGAGGUAAAAAAGAUCUGAUGUUGGAAGAAUCUGACCAGACUCAUACCAAUAAAAUUGAAAAUGAGGAACGGAAUGAACAAAAAGAGAUAAAGAAUGAGGAGUUUGGUCCAACCACAGAGAAAAUGGAGCAAAAAGAAUCCAAAUCCAUGGAGAAGUCAUUCUCUUCACAAAAUCCAGAUUCUCCAGGUUUUUCAGAUGUGAACUGUUGGCACCUUCGUUUCCGCUGGUCUGGGGAUACUCCUUCAGAACUCCUGAGGAAAUUCAGAAACUAUGAAAUAUGAAAUGUCCCUGCUCCAUAGGGGGGAGAGGGGGAGGAAGAGAGAGAGAGAGAGAGAGAGAGAGAGAGAGAGAGAGAGAGAGAUCAUUCCCUGCGCUGCCAACAUACAGUCUUUGUUCACAUCUUAAAAAUGUCAUGUUUGUGAAUUGCUGAGUACCAAUUCAUUCCUCCAUCCUUGAUCCUGUUCUCUCAGUAUGUUUUCUAAACAAGAAAAUUUUCAGACUAGUUUCUUUCAAUAUUUGAGUAAAUUACAGCUCUUAGAUCCAGAGUAGAUUGUAUUAUGUGCGUUUUCCUGUUAAUGUUAUUUAUAGAAAUCCAUUAAAAAUCGAUCUCUAUAUUUAAAUAUUUCAUUGAUAUACCAUGAUCUUUAUGAGUGCUAGAUGUACAAGAAAUGUUUUCUGACUCUGGAUUUAAAAUAAAAUGUGAAAUUACUUGUCUAAA